AAUUUUUCAUUAUCGACCCAGAGCAAUGUCAACUCGGCCGAUUAAAGCGUUGGUAAGUCGACGAUCACGAAGGCAAUACCGAAUUAGCUCAUCAGAUGCAAUAUAUGCAAGCGGAUUAUAAAUUGGAUGUGAAUUGAUACGUGGAAAAAAGAAUAGGUUCGUUAAUCGAAUGGCGACCGAUGAGCAUAAACGCUUAGCUGACAUCGUGAAGGGAACUCACGCUCUAUUGCGCACCGAAUGUCACCAAUAUGGCGCCGAGACUGCGUGGGAGCGCCAUUUGGCGCGAAAAAACGUUCUGCAGGAAUAUGCAGCAUCUAUGCAAAAAUUGGCUGGCAAAUACUGGAUGGAUAACAAUUCGAGUUUAAAGAAUGGAACAUACUGUAGAUUGGAAUGGAUAAAAACUCAGUGCAAGGAAUACUUUCUUAACGGCGGUAGAGAGAAAUAUGAUAAGAGAGAACAAGAUAUAAACGCUAAAAUAACUCUCUCUUCGGUGAAGCCAACCGAUGAAAAACAAACGUGCGAAAGCAAUCAGAGCUGUGUGGAAAACGAGUUACAAAAUUUUCACGAACAAAGAAUACCCGUACUGGAUGUAGGAAGUUGUUACAAUCCUCUAAGUGCUGACAGCACGCUUGAUGUCACCGCUAUAGAUCUAACUCCCGCGAUAGAAGGAGUUUAUCGAUGCGACUUUUUAAACGUCACGAUCGGAAGGGAGAGAAUUCUCUCGCGAGACAAGCGAGAGAUUCGUCAACUACCUGAGAAUUUCUUUGACUGCGUGGUGUUCUCUCUGUUACUGGAAUACCUGCCGUGUCCGAAACAAAGGUACCUCUGCUGUAGAAAUGCGUAUGAUGUAUUGAAGAGCGGUGGGAUACUAAUUAUCGUGAGUCCAGAUUCGAAACACGUUGGCGCGAACGCGAAACUGAUCAAGUCCUGGAGGUAUGCGUUGAGCGGAAUGGGAUUCAUGAGAAUCAAGUACGACAAAUUACGUCACAUUCACUGCUUGGUAUUUAGAAAAUGCGUGUGGAAAGACGUAGCGAUACGGUGGUCCAAACUGCAGAAUUUUUCCGAGGCUGACAAGAGAUACAUGUCCGAGACAAAGAUUUUUAUUCCGCAGGAUUUUCAGAUCCCCUGUUCUAAAAGAGAACAAGAAAAAUUGGAUGAAUAUGAGGAAAUUGAUUCAGCGAGCUUUUUCUCUGAAUUACCGUUCAAUGAUGAAGCGCCAGUGUGAUGCGCCAAUUUUGUUUUUGUAUUUAUGUUGAAUAAAACAUUUUUUAUGGAAAGUUCUCAAAA